AAAAUGAUAGCCUACCCUCCGGCCGGCCGGCAUGGCAAGUUGAAGACAGCAGCACAACUCCUUCCGACGAGGCGACCCGACCUCCCCGCAACAACAUCGCCGGAUAGCAAAACCUUCCGUCCCGUCGGAGGAUGGCUUCCACCGGCGCUGGAGAAGGCAACAAGACGACUGCCGGGAGCAGCCUCCACAGCAAGACCCUCCUCAAGAGCCAAUCACUGUACCAGUACAUACUGGAAUCCACCGUGUUCCCGCGCGAGCCGGACUACCUGCGGGAGCUCCGCGUCGCCACCGCCACCCACCCCAUGGCUGGCAUGGCGGCGUCGCCGGACGAGGUGCAGCUGCUGGGGCUCCUGAUCGAGAUGCUCGGCGCCAAGAACGCCGUCGAGGUCGGCGUCUUCACCGGCUACUCGCUGCUCGCCACCGCCCUCGCCCUCCCUGACAAUGGCAAGAUCGUGGCCAUCGACGUCACCCGCGAGAGCUACGACCAGAUAGGAUCGCCGGUGAUCGACAAGGCCGGCGUGGCGCACAAGAUCGACUUCCGCGUCGGGCUCGCGCUGCCGGUGCUGGACCAGAUGGUGGCCGAGGAGGGGAACAAGGGCAGGUUCGACUUCGCCUUCGUGGACGCGGACAAGGUGAACUUCCUCAACUACCACGAGCGGCUGCUGCAGCUGGUCAGGGUCGGGGGCCUCAUCGCCUACGACAACACGCUGUGGGGCGGCUCCGUGGUCGCGUCCCCCGACGAGCCGCUCGCCGCGGCCACCAGGGAGUUCAACGCCGCCAUCGCCGCCGAUCCCCGCGUGCACGUCUGCCAGGUCGCCAUCGCCGACGGGCUCACGCUGUGCCGCCGCGUCGCCUGAUCCCCCGAAAUGCAGAGCUGUGGGCUGUCGGCUGUGGCUGACACUGCUCUGUACUGAAAAUGGCCAUGGUGUGUAAUAACGAACCGGUCUUGAGCGAAAAUAAAUCCACCAGCCUGCUUGCGUAUGUCAUCAAAAUAUCAUGCUUAACCUUGGUAUUAAA